AUGUUGAGGUUCAUAUCUGCAGCUAUGGACCAAGCUGCCUUGAGAAGUGCAAGAUCAUACGGACUUGGUUCCAUCUAUUAUGGCUGUAAAUUGGUGGCUGCGCUGAAGGCAAUCAGGUCAGCUUCACAACUAGCACGCCCCCGUGUACUCCCGAAGUUAGAUAAUGAGCAUGUUAAGAGUUUCUCCUUCUCAGAGCAAAAGGAUUGGGAUUUGUUGCGUGCUUCUAUUACCAACUUGACUGACAACGGGGUGUUAGACAUUCCAUUAGUAAUUGGUGGAGAGAAAAUCUACAAGACAGAAACGCUUCCUCAAAUCAACCCAGCUAAGCGUGAGCAGCAAUUAGCUAACGUGUCACAGGCUUCUAAGGAAGAUGUCGCUGCUGCCAUUAAUGCUGCAAAGGAAGCUAAAGAUAAAUGGGCAGCUAUGCCAUGGGUUGACAGAGCUUCAAUUUUUUUGAAAGCGGCAGAUUUGAUUUCAACAAAAUAUAGGUAUGACUGCUUGGCUGCUACUAUGUUGGGUCAGGGUAAGAAUGUUUAUCAAGCCGAGAUUGACUGUGUUGCUGAGCUUAUUGAUUUCUUGAAAUUUAACGUGAAGUAUGCUGAGCAAUUAUAUGACCAACAACCCAUUGAGACAUCUCCUGGAGUAUGGAAUCGUGCUGAGUAUCGCCCGUUAGAAGGAUUUGUUUAUGCUGUCACUCCAUUUAAUUUCACGGCCAUUGCAGGUAAUCUUGUUGGUGCACCUGUUUUGAUGGGUAAUACUGUCGUUUGGAAGCCUUCAGCAACCGCAGCUUUAUCUAACUACAUUUUGCUUAAUAUAUUGGAAGAGGCAGGCUUACCCAAAGGUGUCAUUAACUUCGUACCAGGUGAACCAAAUGAAGUGACGGAUGUGGUAUUGAAAGACAAAGAUUUUGCUGCCUUGCACUUUACAGGGUCUACUGAUGUUUUUAAGAAAUUAUACUCAAAAAUUUCUGAUAAUGUUGCCGCUGAUAAGUAUCGUGAUUUUCCCAGAAUUGUGGGAGAGACUGGUGGUAAAAAUUUCCACUUGAUUCACUCUUCAGCAUCUGUUGAUCAUUCUGUUCUUUCCACCCUCAGAGGGGCUUACGAGUAUCAAGGUCAAAAGUGCUCUGCCACAUCGAGGUUGUAUGUUCCAGAAUCUAUCUGGCCACAAUUCAAAGAAAAAUUGGUUAGUGCUAUUCAGACAAUUGAAAUCGGAAACACUUCAGAUCCAGCCGGCUUAAACGCAUUUAUGGGUCCUGUUAUUCAUGAACAAUCGUUCGACAAAAUUUCAGCUGCCAUAGAAGAAGCUGAAAAUGACUCUGAACUCACGAUAUUACAAGGUGGCAGAAGUGAUAAAUCUAAGGGAUUCUAUAUUCAGCCAACAUUGGUGCAAACCACCAAUCCUAAACACAAGUUUAUGUCCCAAGAAUUCUUUGGUCCACUCUUGACUGUCUAUGUUUAUCCAGACAAUCAAUACGACUCAAUAAUAGAGACCAUUAAUACAUCCACUAAAUAUGGAUUGACAGGUUCCAUUUUUGCUAGGGAUCGUAAUGCAAUAAGAUUGGCAGAAGAAGGACUUAGGUUUGCUGCUGGUAACUUUUAUAUCAAUGAUAAAUGCACUGGAGCAGUUGUAGGUCAGCAAUGGUUCGGAGGUGCCAGGGCUUCUGGAACUAACGAUAAAGCAGGAAGCGGGAACAUUUUAACAAGAUUCACUUCUAUAAGAAGUGUUAAAGAGAACUUUUAUGAGUUGAACGAUUUCAAAUAUCCAUCAAACUACAAGUAA